AUGUCAGUGGGUCGCGCUCUCGCCUGCGCGACGCCGCGGCCACGAGCGCCUGGCCUUUCUGCACCACGUGGUGCUCGAUUGGCCCAACAAGUCGCGCGUUCGCUCGCGCGCUCGCUGAAAAUCCAACCAAACGCUGUCGUCGCGUUGCAGACCGCGAGCGCGCGCACGGACACGGACGCGGCCAAAGAGCAGCUGCACGCGACGCCUGGCGCCGCGCCGUCGCCUCCCAAUGGCGCACCCAACUCGCCGAUACCCCGCGCACCUGAUCAGGUGCUCAAGCGCCGCAAGGUCGUGACGGCCACGCCCAAGUCCCGCUACAAAGACGAAGCGGCCCGACAGCUGACGGCCUUGAAUCGCGCCUUUGUCGCCAACCUCAAGGACAGUUGGUCGAAGAACAUGGAAGAAAGCUGGGUCGAGAGUAUGAAGGAGUAUCUGCGCUAUGCGCAGGUGCUGGACGAUCUAUUUGGCGGCCACUCAGGCCACGUCUUGACGUUUGGCAGUGGCGACUGUGGUCAAUUGGGUCACGGUGUCGCCGACGAAGACCUCAUGGCUCCUUUUCCACGCGUCGUGCGCUCGUUGAGCAAGCUCGAGAUCGUCCGUGUGGCCUGCGGUGGCCUGCACUCGGCGGCCAUUACAGCGGCUGGCGAAGUCUAUACGUGGGGAUGCAACGACGAUGGAGCAAUAGGUCGAGAUGGAGACGAGAACGUUCCUGCCAAGGUGGAUGGAUUCGGACCGCAAGAGGCAGUCGCCUUGCAAAUUGUUGGCGGAGAUUGCCACACGUCUGUUGUGACGCUCGCCGGUGAGGUGUACACGUGGGGCUGCUACCGCGACAAGGAAGGCAAGCAGUGGUGCGACGCACCGUCGGCUGAGGCGGCGUUUAAGCAGAAACAGCCCCGACCGUAUUUGAUCAAAUCGUUGGACAACGUCGUGGACGUGCGGUGUGGUAGUUCGUUUAACCUCGUGCGGACGAAUAACGGGCUUGUGUUCUCAUGGGGGCUGGGGGAAAUUGGCGAGCUUGGUCGUGAAGUCGACGCAGAGAUGAAGGACUCAAAGGGAGAGUACAGAGUCGAUAUGGUGUACUCGACACACCUGCAGCCAGCGCGUGUGAUGCUCGAAAAGAACCCGCUUCCUCCCGUCAAGGACAUUGGCUGCGGUUCGUACCAUAGUAUUUUUGCUUUGGCCUCACCAGGACAUCUCUACACGUGUGGACUCAACAACUACGGUCAGCUAGGAAUCGGCCACACUGAAAACUGCACCGAGCUGCAACUAGUUGAAGAUCUCAGCUCCGAGAACGUCACGUUUGUGGAUGGAGGGGCCCAUCACUCGGUCGUCCUCACUCUUGACGGCGACGUAUACACAUUUGGUCGUGCAGACUCAGGCCAGCUCGGUGUGCUUGAGACGUGUGUUACUGGCGCGUACAAAGACCGGCCGCAAAAAGUGACGAUUCCUACCCCCAAAAGCGGUGGCUCAAGUGCUGUUCGUAUGAUCGCUACAGGAUCCAAUCAUGCGCUUGCACUGACGGAAAGCGACGCGAUCUUCUCUUGGGGGUACGGUGAUAUGCUGGCGCUAGGCAAUGGAAAAGAGCGGGAUGAGAACAAGCCGCGUCAGCUGGACUGGUCGACGGCAACAUCUGACAAGGGCAAGAAGUUUGGCGAGGCAAAGAUUUUUCAGAUCGAAGCUGGCGGCCAGCACAGCGCCGUAUUGGCUAGGGCGACGAAGGACAAGUAA